AUUGAAUUUCAACACAUGAUAUGAUACAUUCAAACAUCACUCUUUCUUUCUUCUUUCUUCUUUCUUCUUUCUUCUAACUUCUAAACACCUUCUCAAUUUUUCUUUCUUUUUCUUCUCCAUAAUAACAUUGUGAGCCACUUUUAAUGGACCUUACUCUUAAGCUUUCUCCUUGCGGUGAAAAUGUGGAAGAAAGGAAGUUGAUAAGGUCUUCUUCAUUGGUGGGUGGAGAGAUAAGAAGUGUUAGUGUUUCGAAUUGGUGUCCAUUUGGGUCAUCUAUAGAGAGAUCUUCAUCUCUUCCAAUUGAUGGUGGGGAGAGAAUGGUUCUAGAGAGGCAGAGAAAGGUGGCAGCUUCAGAGCUUCAUGGUCCAAGAAAUUCAUCUGAAGGAGUAGUUGCUUCCAGUUUCCAGAUAUCAACCAAACACGAAAACAAAUCAACGAUUUUCCCGAAAGCGACAAUCAAGGAAAUUCCAGUUCCGCCUAAGUCUACCGAUACUAAGAUUAAGAAUCAAACAAAAAAGCUUAAUCUCCCUAACUACUGCAGUCUUAAGGGUGAUGUGAUGGAGAAACUGAGACAAAUGCCGACCGUAACAACGACCGGAGACGGACCAAACGGUAAGAGAAUAGAAGGCUUUCUUUACAAGUAUAGAUCCGGUGAAGUUUGUAUCGUAUGCGUCUGCCAUGGUAGCUUCCUCACACCAAAAGAGUUUGUGAUUCAUGCUGGUGGAAAAGAAGUGGCUAAUCCAAUGAAGCAUAUCACUGUUUAUCCUGUCUCAUUUUAGAGAUCAAUGGUAACAAUGUCGAUUAUUUCGGCUUUCUUAGAAUGUAGAGUCCGGCCACCUCCAGGCGUAACAUCCCGGAUCCAAUUCAAGUACAUACUAAAGCUUCUAGAACAUUCUCCUCACCACUAGACCUUUAGUGAUCUGGAAGCAGUGGAUUCCUCCCUCCAAUGCAUCCAACAGUCUUUCACAUUCUCGUUUGAAAGUUAGCAAGUUAGUUAUCUCUUCCCCUAUAUGUGGAUGACGUCAUUUCAGGUA